AUGUUUUCACAAUCGCUUUUUUAUCUGGUUUUAAAAAGCGGCCUUACGAUCUUGGAAAAUAUAAAUACGUUUAAUCAGUUUGUUAGAGAUUCUCCGGUAAAAAGCAUCGCAUACAAAAGCGUAGCCUUGGCUGCCCCUAGGGCUUUCGCGUUGCCGGAUCCAGUUGCUGCCCCUAAUCCCUCUCCCGUCGCUGGACCAUCGCCCCAGUUCAUCUACUCAUACCCUUACUACUAUGGAGCAUACAUAAUCUAA